AUGGCGUGGGAAGCUCGAGCUCGCGAAAAGCUAGAUGCAAUCAACAGCAGCAUCCCCCAAAACUGGCGACUAAACAGUCCUGUCCCGUCCGCCGAAGAACAGCGUGACCUAACAGGCCCAUACAUAUGUCAGUACCUGAGCAGUGAGGAGGUGGAAAUCACCGAAUGUCAUGCUGUCUACAUUGUCAAGAAUAUAUCUUGCGGGCGCUGGCGAGCUGAGGAUGUCGCUCGGGCGUUCUGUCAUCGAGCCGCACUGGCUCAUCAAAUGGUGUCGUGCUUGCAUGAAAUCUUCUUCGACACAGCGAUCAAGGACGCGAUUGCUCUGGAUGAAUACUUUGCCAAAACGGGGCAUCCCGUAGGGCCUCUCCAUGGCCUCCCCGUGAGCCUCAAAGAUCAAUUUCAUGUCAAAGGUGUGGAUACAACAAUGGGGUACGUCGGUUGGAUUGGCACGUUCCAGGGAAAGAAGGACACGGCUAAGCACAAGACUUACGAGAGCGAAAUGGUGCGUGAACUGCGAGCUCUAGGUGCGGUGUUGUACUGUAAAACCAGUGUCCCGCAGACGUUGAUGUCAGCGGAAACGAUGAACAAUAUCAUUGGGUAUACUUGGAACCCCAAGAACCGCAAUCUGAGCAGCGGUGGAAGCUCUGGCGGCGAAGGCGCGCUCAUCAGCCUUAAAGGAUCUCCCAUUGGAUUCGGUACGGACUAUAGUGGCAGUAUCCGCAUGCCUUCUGCGUUCAACGGACUGUAUGGGAUCAGGCCGUCGAGUGGGCGACUUCCAUAUCAAGGGCUCGCCAAUUCCAUGGACGGUCAAAACACUGUUCUCUCCGUCGUCGGGCCCAUGUCACAUUCUCCGGCUUCCCUUCGAUUGAUGAUCAAGGCCAUACUGAGCCAAAAGCCGUGGCUCUAUGAUCCUCUCGUGGUGGAGCUCCCCUGGCGAAGCGACCAGGAAGGAGAAACUCUCAGAUACAUAGCUGGGAGGACGACAGAAACGAAGCUUGCCUUCGGGAUCAUGAGAUGUGACGGCAUCGUGCAGUCUCAUCCCCCCAUCAUGAGGGCGCUGGACAUUGUCACAAAGGUAUUGACCGCAGCGGGCCACGAACUUGUGGAUUGGAACCCGCCCUCUCACCAACGAGCUAUCGACAUUGUUCAAGCAUGCUGGGUCUAUGACGGCGGCGAAGACGUCCACGGCUCUUUUGAAUUGUCAGGAGAGCCAAUGUCUGACAAGAUCUCCUGGAUAUUUGGAAGCGAGAGAAGGGAGGAAAUGAAGGCCAGCGCCAUCGCAAAGAACAACGUCGCGAAAAGAGCCUUCCAAAAGGAAUACAUGGACUACUGGAAUAGUACCCGACAGCGAACAAGGUCAGGCAGGCCUGUCGACGCGUUUAUCUUGCCGGCAGGAGCCGCGACAGCGACAAGACCCGGUGCAAGGACAUACGCCGGGUACACGACGGCACUCAGUGCACUGGACUACUCAAUUGUCACGCUUCCGGUUACGACCGUUGAUAAAAAGAUCGACAUCAGCGAGGGCUUCCAACCGAUCAGUGAUCAUGACGCGAAUGUACACUCUGGAUACGAGCCAGAAAUUUAUCACGGCGGCCAUGUCGGGCUGCAGCUGGUGGCAAGAAGAUUCCAGGAAGAGAAAGUCUUGGUCAUUGCAGAAUAUCUUACGGAUCUCAUCUCUGCUCAGCAUUCAGCAUCGCAGUCAGCAGAGGCCUAG